AUGUAUGAGGAUUUGGUGUUGAAAGUGAAGAAUAUUGGGGCAGCCAUUGGAUUGGAGGAGAAAAUUGGAUCGGAGAGCCUAGAGGCCGCCACCUGGCUUCUAACCGUUGGCCGAAAAACAAGGCUAAUGCCAACUUGGCGUCAGCACGCUGAAUUUAAAUUUUUUUUACUGUUGGCGUUUCAUGAGCCAAUGAUAAAUGCCCUUGGGCUGGAGCACAGGCUCGUUCUGCCUUCGAGCCUGCCUAAUUUCAUGGGACCCACAAGCUACCCGGACAGCUUUGGCUCACUAGACGGGUGUUUUGGGGCUUGGGCCCCCCCUGCCCUGGCACGGGCUCAUGGAUGGAACCGCUCUAAGUAA